UCAUCUUUCUCUUCGCGGUUGCGCUAGGUACGUUGGUAUCGUAAAACGUAAAUUAAAUUAUUGUUUUUAUACGUUUAAACUAUAUAAUUACAGCUUAAUUUUAUGCAGGAGGAAGAAUAGCUGACCCUGGCUUCCACAGGAUAAAUAUUCCGAUCGAUAGGCUACAGUACAUACGUACUGUAACGACUUGGCGCGGACAAGGACUGCUGGAGGAGACGAAAAUGAUGCAUCAGCAAUCCAUGAUGGUUGGAGAUAUGUUACCCGUUCACCCUGAAAUACCCGUGCAUGCUGAGGAAAUGAACAAUGUGGGCUACGACAACAGUGGCUCAUAUGCAUAUGAUGAUCUGUUUCCCGCGCUGCCCCACUCACAGCCUCCGGUGCAGCGCAAUAUACAACAAGUGACUAAUAAGCUCCGUGUUGGUUCUUCUUUGCACACCCAGGUAUUCCAUGUGCCAUAUGAAGAAAGAAAACUAGACAACGCCAAUACAUUCGGAGAAGGAGAAUCGUUGAGAACAUGUCAAGCCAUCACAAAGGAUACCGGAGCCCAUAUUGAAAUAUCUACUAGCAAGGAUGGAAGUCUUACUUUCCUUAUUACUGGAAAGCACAGUGCUGUCCUUGAAGCCAGGCGACAAAUUUUGACUCAUUUUCAGCAACAGGCAAGCAAGCAGAUUUCAAUUCCUAAAGAACAUCAUCGCUGGAUCCUGGGAAAGCAAGGUCAAAAGUUGAAAGAGCUUGAAAAAGUUACUGCUACCAAAAUUAGUGUUCCAAGCAUUUCUGACGACAGUGAAACUAUCACAAUAACAGGAACCAAGGAAGGCAUUGAAAAAGCUGAACAUGAUAUUAGAAUAUGCUCUGAGGAACAGUCACGUAAAGCUUUGGAACGCAUUUCGAUCCCUAAGACCUACCAUCCGUUUAUCCAAGGUCCAUAUGGCGAACGCGCUGCGGCCAUUAGCGCUGAAACUGGCGCCCGCAUUCAUAUUCCACCGGCUUCCACACAGAACGACGAAAUCGUCAUUGCUGGCGAAAAGAACGGCGUAUUGUCAGCUAAAGCGCAAAUUAAGCAAAUCUAUGAUGAUAUGGUCAAAAAAUGUUCGACGGUUCGAGUGGAAGUGCCCAAGUCACAGCAUAAAUAUGUAAUUGGAGCCCGUGGUACAACAAUCCAGGAGAUAUUGAAAGAAACCGGCGUUUCAGUGGAAAUGCCGCCACCUGAUUCCCCUACUGGCACCAUUACACUCCAUGGACCUCAUAACAAAAUUGGCCUUGCAUUAUCAAAAGUAUGCGAGAAAGCUAAUUCUGUGAAGACUGCAACUGUUGAUGCCCCUACUUGGAUUCAUAAAUAUAUAAUUGGUAAAAAUGGUUCCAAUAUAAAGAAGAUAACACAAGAUUUCUCCAAGGUUCACGUUGAUAUUACGCACUCUGAAGAUAAGGUCAAGAUAGACGGUCCCCCAGAAGAGGUAGAACGUGCCCAGGUGGAACUAGAUGACUUUGUUAAGAAUUUGCUUGCUACUCUUACCUAUGUGGAGUUAUCUGUCGAUCCUAAAUUCUUCAAACACAUUAUUGGAAAGAGUGGAUCCAACAUUAACAGACUGAAAGAUGAGACUGGUGUAGUUAUUAACAUUAUUGAAAAUGAAGGUAAUAACGUUAUUCGUAUUGAAGGAAGUCACCAAGGUGUCGCUGAUGCGGAGAGAGAAUUGAGGGAAAUGGUAAUGAAAUUAGAAAAUGAAAGGACAAAAGAAGUCUACGUUGAUCAUAGGUAUAUUAAAUCUCUUAUUGGAGUAAGGGGUGAAAAAAUCAAAGAAAUCCGCGAAAAAUUCGAUCGUGUUCUCAUAUCCCUGCCAGAUCAAGGGCAAAAGAGGAGUCCUAUCAAGUUAAGGGGUCCACAGGAAGACAUUGAAAAAUGUGAAAAGUUCCUCCACAAAUUGUUGAAGGAAAUUGCUGAAUCUUCUUAUGUGCAAGAGGUUCCUAUUUUCAAACAAUUCCACAAAUUUAUCAUUGGUAAAGGUGGUGCGAACUUGAGGAAAAUUCGUGAUGAGACCCAGACGCAAAUUGAUUUGCCUGCUGAAGGUGAUGACAGUGACGUCAUAACUGUACGCGGCAAACGAGAAAAUGUAGAAGAGGCAGUUAAGCGGAUACAGCAAAUUCAUAAUGAAAAGGCAAACAUAGUUACCGAGGAGGUCACUAUAGCGCCAAAAUACUACAAUUCCUUGAUUGGAGCGGGUGGUAAACUUAUUCAUUCCAUUAUGGAGGAGUGUGGGGGAGUGCUUAUAAAAUUCCCUGCUGCAGAGAGCGAUAGUGACAAGGUGGUUAUUAAAGGUCCUAUUGAAGAUGUAGAAAAAGCCAAGCAGCAAUUGCUCGCUCAUGCUUCGGAGCGCGAGCUCACUUCUCAUACAGCUCACGUCCGUGCAAAACCGGAACAUCAUAAAUUCCUUAUUGGGAAAAAUGGUGCUAAUAUUAAGAAAAUUCGCGAGCAAACCGGUGCUCGUAUAAUCUUCCCAACUGAGAAGGAUGAAGACAAAGAAGCAAUUUUCAUCAUAGGACGUGAGGAGCAAGUGGAGGCGGCGCGCAAGCAACUGGAAACAGCUGUUGCGGAAAUCAGCAACGUAUCCGAAGGCGAGAUGUGUGUAGCGGCACGUCACCACCGCCACUUUGUCGCGCGACGUGGCGAGGUGUUGCGUCGCAUCGCUGACGACUGUGGCGGUGUACAGAUCUCGUUCCCCAGGCAAGGAGUCAACAGUGACCGCGUUGUACUGAAGGGGCCCAAAGAGUGCAUCGAGGCAGCGAAGGCUCGUAUCAGCGAAAUCAUCGAAGACUUGGAAGCCAAGGUGACUAUUGAGUGUGUGAUAUCUCAAAGACACCACCGUACCGUGAUGGGAGCGCGUGGUGCAAAAGUUAAGGAUAUCACCGCGGAGUAUGACGUUCAAAUCAAGUUCCCCGAACGUGAUACUGCUGAGAUGGCUGAUAUUCCCGUCAAGAACGGUGAUGAUAAUGCCGAGCCUGGUGUAAAUGACAUCAUCAGAAUAACUGGCCGUCCUGAGAACUGUGAAGCUGCCAAGAAAGCUUUGUUGGAGCAGGUGCCCAUUACCAUUGAUGUGGAAGUUCCAAAUGAACUUCAUCGUCUACUUGCUGGCCAAAAGAGGAGAGAACUUAUGCAGACUUAUGAUGUCCAUAUUUUGCUGCCGCCGAAUGAAGACCCUAGUGAUUUGGUUAAGGUAACCGGAACGCCAACUAAUGUAGAGAAAGCUAAACAAGCAUUGUCUGAGAAGAUAGUAGAGAUGGAAAAAGAAAAAGAAGACAGGAAGCUCAGAUCGUAUGAGUUGAAAUUUAAAGUUGAUCCAGAAUAUCAUCCUCUUGUUAUUGGCAAGGGUGGUUCUGUUAUCACAAAAAUCCGAACUGACUAUGGAGUACAAAUCAAUUUGCCGAAACGUGGCGAGCCUGAUGACGAUAUAAUCACAAUUCAAGGCUACGAAGACAAGGCACAUCAAGCCAAAGAUGCUAUUAUGGCGAUUGUUCAUCAAUUGGAUAAUCAAUUCCGCGAAGAAGUGGACAUUGACCCUCGCGUACACAGGAGGCUCAUUGGGCUCCGAGGUAAAAAUAUCAGACGCAUUAUGGAUGAGUACAAGGUCGAUAUUAGAUUCCCCAAGAAUAAUGACGAUAGUCUAGUCGUGAUAACCGGUGACGAGGACAAUGUUCUCGACGCAAAGGAUCAUCUUCUUAACCUGGCAGAAGAAUAUCUGCAAGACGUGGUGGAUAGAUACCAGCGGCCGGCGGCGCCAUCGCUCGGCGACUUCGGCGACGUUCUCGGCGCUGCAGCGGAGAGUACGGCGGCCGCGCCCGCCAACAAUACCGGUCCUAACACGGGGUUCGUAGUGAAGGGCGGUCCGUGGGAGCAGCGAGCCCCGGACACCGCCUCCACUCACGAGUUCCCCACCAUGCCCGGGGCAGGGCGCGCACCUCCCCCAGCUCAGCCCUCCCCUGCGCCCUGGGGACCAAGACGCUAAAUACUAUCCUAACGAGUACGCAUCGAGCUAACGAAACGUUCACACCCACCAGUCUAGAGACGUUAUAAUA